UGGAUACUUACGCUGGAAUUGGCGUAAAAUAUUUUAAGGUUUAAUUUCUAUUUUAUUAUUUUUUUCUUAUUUCUGAUUUCUGGAUGAAAUUGAGAUUCGGCCAGUUGCACUAUCGGCUGUCUGGCAUCGUUUGAAGGGAAGCAGCCCGUGGUUGCAGGACCUAACAGAGCAAAUAUACCAAGAGAACUUUAUUCAGAACUUCAGCACCGCGCGGGGCAGCAGACCGCAAAUUAAUUCUUAGUUAUUUCCUAAACAUUUCCGUCUCUGGCGUAUCAACAGUUGGCUAUUUUGUUACUUCAGUUGGCUGUUUGUUUAAUUCAGUUGGCAAUUUUUUUAACUUUAUUUGGCAAUUUUGAUGAUAUCUCUACUUCACACCCCAGCGGUUUUCAGUACAAUUCUCCCCCUUGUGACAAUUUUUCAGCUGAGAAAUUUACCAAAGUUGAAUGACCAGCAACAAGAAAAUGCCGCCAGUCAUCUCCAAUUACCUUUUAUGUCAAAUGAAAAAAUUAGUUCCCUGAAUAUCCCUUGAUAAACAUUUUAACCUGGCUAAUACCGUUUUUCAUUUGUCAAAUUUAAUUGAAUUGUUAUCGUAUGCUUUUACUUUUUGUUAAUCGGCUAUGAAAUAAAAUGAUGUUCAUCGGCUUUGAAAUAUUUUCCUGCAGUUGUUUUAAACUUUUAUGGUUUGUUUUUGUUCUUUUUACUCUGAAUCAUGGAGUAUCUGCCGACGAUCUGGAAUCGGAGAGUACAAACACGACUAAGACGAUUCAAGACACCGCGAACAGACUCAAACGUUUUCUGUUCCAAAACUACUCUAUUUUGAUUCGUCCAAAGCUAGACCAAUCAAAACCAGUUAUUGUGAAGUUCGACAUUGCUAUGAAACAAGUUAUUGAUGUUAACGUGAAAACCCAGCAGAUGACCCUAUUUCUAUGGCAACGACAGACAUGGUUUGACGAGUUUUUAUCUUGGGAUCCGAGAGAAUUCGGCAACUUGACGCAGGUGUUUGUGAGUCCCAUUGAUAUCUGGAUCCCAGAUAUUAUAUUCCAAAAUUCGCUGGACGAAAUGGAAGAGGUCAAAGACAGGUCAAUCAUCAAGGUCAUGCUGCUCAGCUCAGGUCAGAUCAUCUUCUUCCGGCCGACCCUGAAGAGUACGACGUGUCAGAUGAGUGUGCGGCACUUCCCAUACGACAGCCAAGUGUGUGCAUUCCAAGUGGGAAGUUGGAUGCUGCCCACCUCCCAAUUGGACAUCCGGCUGCUCCAGUUCGAAAACACUCUUUCCGGAUUUGUCGAGCACCACGAGUGGGAUCUAGCAGACCGAAAUGCGCAAAGACUGACUUCGACCGUCUUCGUUAACAUCACUGACACCGUCAUGCAAAAGAUGGUCUUUCCUUAUUUGGAGUUUUCUUUCCUCUUCGAACGAAAACCAGAAUUCUUCGAAAAAAACUUAAUCGUACCAACUGCAUUGAUAAGUGUUCUGAGCGAAAUGACAUUUUUGCUUCCGAGUCAAAGCGGGGAAAAAGUCGGAUUCUCGGUGACUGUUUUUCUGUCGCUCUGUGUUAAUCUAUUAGUUAUAGCCAGUCACGUUCCUGCCAGCUCAGAAAGCUUCCCAAUCAUUGGACAAUAUUACCUGAUGUGUAUUUUUUUGAUUGCCGUUUCAAUUGCCCAAACUACAAUUAUUUUGUCGGUGCAUUUCACAGGCGAGCAGUAUUUUGUAAAGCCCGUUCCUCCUCUAUUGCAAAAAGUUUUCUUUAGAGUUAUUGGGCCAAUUGUUGGAUAUAAUUACCCAAAAUUUGGACCACGAAUCGGAAACCACAUUGUUAACGAAUCAGCCAUAAACGAAUCGAAAAGUAGUUCCAGUCUGAAUUCUUGUCAUUCGUCAUACAAUGUGAAAAUACCAAUGAUGGCAUCUACUAAAAAUUCGGGUCAAGCGUUUUCAGUGAUCGAUAAUCCGGUUGCAAAAAAUGGAACCAAUUCACAAGAUAUUUUGAAAAACAAGACACUUCAGAUUAGAAAUCUGAAAAACAGAGCUUUUAGUUCCCGGUCAAACCAAACGUCAAUCGAAGUUCCAAGCUACGACACAAAGAAUGUCGUCGCUGAAGCAGCACAUGUUAUAAAAAAUCCAGAAUUUUCUUCACAAUUCAAUGAAAAAAUUCAACAAGGCGAAGACAAGUUAAAAGAAAUUUCGAACACGGUUGAACUAAUUUUGCAAUACAUGCAGGAAUUUCAGAGAACAAAUGAAAUUCGCGUGAACAGGUUUCGCUUGAUGGAAGAUUGGAAGUUAUUGUCUAAGAUUUUGGACCGAAUGUCUGCUAUAAUUUACGGGACGAUAACCACCGGUUUCACCAUCUAUUUCAUGUACACGUGUCGGAACAGACCAUUCUACGAACUUGAAAAAUGAAUGUUCUAAUCUUAUUG